ACUAUAAAAAAAUGCAAAUAUGUUCAUAUCUAGACACAUAUGUGCAUGCACAAUGUUAUGUUAUGUUAUGUUAUAUUAACGCGCACGUACUUCCUCAAAUAGAAUUAUACAGUCAUACAAUCCAAUAGAGGAGAUCGCCAUUUGGCGAUUGGCGUUUGCUUGCUGCUACACUCACUCUCUGUUCUGAUCUGAUCUGAUCGAUCCAAUCUCUCUGCAUUUCCAAAUUCCAGCUCCAGAUGAUGGUCUAAUUCCAAUGACCUGAUCGGCAUACAAUAGUGGUCUUUGCACUCGACGGUGAAGCUGUACGAUGGUAAGAUAAGGUAACUGGGCAGUAAUUUGAGAUACUGGCACGUUGCCUUCAAUCUAGAUGAAGACAACUUGUCCAUGGCAGCUAAAUGUAAAAGAUUUUCGUAUCAUGUCUGGUUUAAGAAAGCGCCCGCAUCUGAAGAGGCCGUUGUGGAUUAUUAUAUUGGUAACUUUUGUGAUCAUAGUCUUGAUUACUGCCUAUGUUUCUCCUCUAUCAAGUUCGACAGCCUGCUAUUUCUUUUCAUCUGGAGAUUGUACUUUGUACCAGUCACCAUCAUUUCCUGCUAGGGAAUUGAGUGAUGAAGAGACAAUAUCUCAGGUUGUAAUUAAGGAAAUCCUCAACACUCCUCCUAUCCAAUCGGCGGAUUCAAAAAUUGCUUUCCUGUUUUUGACUCCAGGGACACUACCUUUUGAGCUACUGUGGGAUAAGUUCUUUCGCGGCCAUGAGGGCAGAUUCUCUGUAUAUGUACAUGCUUCCAGAGAAAAACCAGGACACACAAGUCAAUAUUUUAUUGGUCGGGACAUUCACAGUGAAAACGUGGAUUGGGGGAAAAUUUCCAUGGUUGAUGCUGAGAGGAGACUGUUGGCACAUGCACUUUUAGACCCUGAUAACCUGCAGUUUGUGUUGCUGUCAGAUAGCUGCGUACCACUACACAAUUUCGACUACGUCUACAACUAUCUGAUGCACACUAAUGUCAGCUUUAUUGACUGUUUUGUGGAUCUGGGUCCACAUGGAACUGGGAGGUAUUCAGAGCGUAUGAUGCCCGAAGUUGAAAAGGCUGCUUUCAGGAAAGGUUCACAGUGGUUCUCCAUGAAGCGGCAGCAUGCUAUAAUAAUUAUGGCUGACAGCCUUUAUUACACAAAAUUUCGGCUUUAUUGCAAGCCAAAUUUUGAAGGGCGCAAUUGCUAUGCAGACGAGCAUUACUUGCCAACCUUUUUUAAUAUGAUUGAUCCUGGUGGAAUCGCAAAUCGGUCAGUGACAUAUGUGGACUGGUCUGAAGGGAAGUGGCAUCCUAGAUCAUUUAGGGCUGAAGAUAUUUCAUUUGAGUUCCUCAAGAACCUUUCGUCUAUUGAUGACGGCAUACAUAUCACAAGUGAUCCAAAGAGGAGAGUCUUUUAUGGGCCAUGCUUGUGGAAUAAUGUGAAGAGACCCUGUUAUUUAUUUGCAAGAAAGUUCUAUCCAGACACCUUAAACAGAUUGUUGAUCAAUUUCUCUAAUUAUACAGCGUUAUAAGCUUCGGCUUUCCACCUUUGGCCUUGGCUUUUCUGGUAAUGUUAUUAUUCUUUCUCUGGGUUGCUGGGAUGAGAUGAAAUUUCAUUCAGCCAAAUACCCCCACUCCCACGCUUCCCAUUGUUAAUUAAUUAAGACAAAGUCCCCCAUAGUUUUCAAUAUUUCAAUGGUAAAUUUUGAUUUUAUUAUUUAUAUCUAUGCUUAAUUAUAUUAUCAUAUAUAAAUUACAUUAAUUGUUUGUUUUA